GAUGUUCUUCAUUGUGCUUACUUGCUUCCACUUAGGGCCUGCUCAUGUGCCCGUGUAAUUCUCUGUCCUGUUUACCAUUUACACACUUCCCACGUCAUCAUGGUUUCUUUUACAGAGGGAGAACAGAAUGAAAUUCCCUAAGGUCCUGACCCCUCGGCAGCCUCCCUCUGCAGGGAUAGUAGCUCAUACUUCCUCCCUGGAGCUGAGGUUGUUGGCCUCUUAUUGUUGCUGCCUACAGAGUCUAGAUCCUGCUGCAGCAACUGAAUGAAACACUUCCUUGGAAGAAUGCUAGUUCUAGAACCAUGGCGUCUGGCAGCACUGCCGCCAGCGAGGAGGAGCGCAGCCUCCGGGAAUGUGAGCUGUACGUGCAGAAGCACAACAUUCAGGCCCUGCUGAAAGAUUCUAUUGUGCAGUUGUGCACCGUCCGGCCCGAGAGACCCAUGGCAUUCCUCAGGGAAUACUUUGAGAGGCUGGAGAAGGAAGAGGCAAAACAGAUUCAGAAUCUGCAGAAAGUAAGCACUCGUGGAGAUUCGAGGGAGGAUGAAAUCUCUCCUCCUCCACCCAACCCAGUGGUGAAAGGCCGGAGGCGACGUGGAGCCAUCAGCGCUGAAGUCUACACGGAGGAAGAUGCUGCAUCCUAUGUUAGAAAGGUUAUACCAAAAGAUUAUAAGACAAUGGCUGCUUUAGCCAAGGCCAUUGAAAAGAAUGUGCUGUUUUCACAUCUUGAUGAUAAUGAGAGAAGUGAUAUUUUUGAUGCCAUGUUUCCAGUUUCCUUUAUUGCUGGAGAAACUGUUAUUCAGCAAGGUGACGAGGGGGAUAAUUUCUAUGUGAUUGAUCAAGGAGAAAUGGAUGUCUAUGUCAACAAUGAAUGGGCGACCAGUGUUGGGGAAGGAGGGAGUUUUGGAGAACUUGCUUUGAUUUAUGGAACACCUAGAGCGGCCACUGUCAAAGCCAAGACAAAUGUGAAGUUGUGGGGCAUUGACCGAGACAGCUAUAGAAGAAUCCUUAUGGGAAGCACUCUGAGAAAGCGGAAGAUGUAUGAGGAGUUUCUUAGUAAAGUUUCCAUUUUAGAAUCUCUGGACAAAUGGGAACGUCUGACGGUAGCUGAUGCCUUGGAACCGGUCCAGUUUGAAGAUGGGCAGAAGAUUGUGGUGCAAGGAGAGCCAGGGGACGAGUUCUUCAUUAUUUUAGAGGGCUCAGCUGCUGUGCUGCAACGUAGGUCAGAAAACGAAGAGUUUGUUGAAGUGGGAAGAUUGGGGCCUUCUGAUUAUUUUGGUGAAAUAGCACUGCUGAUGAAUCGUCCUCGUGCUGCCACGGUGGUGGCUCGUGGCCCUUUGAAGUGCGUUAAGCUGGACCGACCUAGAUUUGAACGUGUCCUUGGCCCAUGCUCAGAUAUUCUCAAACGAAACAUCCAGCAGUACAACAGUUUUGUGUCACUGUCUGUCUGAAAUCUGCCUCCUGUGCCUCCCUUUUCUUCUCCCCCCAGUCCAUGCUUCACUCUCGCAGAUGCUUUAUUUCCCCUAUUUGCAGCGCCACGUGGCCACUGGCAUCGCAGCUUCUUGUCUGUUUAUAUUAAAAGUUGCUUUUAUUGCACCGUUUUUAAUUUGGAGCAUUAACUGAAUGCUCAUACACAGUGAAAUAAAUAGAAGGAGUUUUACGGAGACUUUGCUGUUAUGCUUCUCUUUGUGCAGUUAGUACUCAGCGUGGGCAGUCCUGCCACGCCUUCUGGGGAGGGCAGACUCCUGCACCAGAUGAAUUACCAGAGUAACGAUGUAACAGUGCAAGGUUUUUUUUUUAAGUGAUGUAAUUUUCUAGUUAUAAGCAUAUUUUAGACUGGCCAUAUAUGCUGUGUUUCUUUAUAGAAUAAAUGAUUUCUCAUUAAGCUCUAAGAAUUAGGAAAAAUGGAUAUAAAAGAGUCUUAGAAAGAUAUCUGCCUGUAUUUAAACUAGAUUAAGGGUGGGAAAAUGCCCAUUUUUGCUAAUUAUCAGAUAGAUAUGAUCUGUUCCUUUUUUUUUUUUUCUUUUUAACCAGAAUUUUUGUUUGUCAGGCUAAUUUGCCUGGUAUCGUUUGAUGUUUUUUUCCUCUAGUUCUGAAAUACGUUUAGGUGUGGCUAUCUACACCUGCCUUUUGAGUUUGAAACUAAAUCAUAGGCUGCAUAUAUUGGGUUAUGAUUUAACUACAUCUGCCUCAGCUCACAGAUCCUGAUUAGACCUUUAUCCAGCUCAGCUCGUGCCAAAUGAUCAUCAGAUGCUGAAUUGAGAAUAAGAAUUCGAGGUCUCCACUCUCGGUUCUUAACUUAGAGCUUUUGGUUGAUGCACAUCUUUCAGUUGACUCCAGGAUAAUCUUCUGUGCUCGUUAAAUGCUGAUUCCAGAAGAUUGGAUUUGAUGAGAAUAGAUAGAAUAGAUGGAACAAAUGUCCUAUGGAGGUGAUGUUACAAAAGCGAUAAAUAAAGGCCAGGUGGACAGGGUUCAGUGUUGGGAACUUUGCCCCACUCACUUCACUGGGGCAAGAGAUUUGGGGAGAUGGUUUUUACUUUGAUUUGACCUUUUCCCUCCUUUUUACAUCGGCUAGAAUUUAUGGGGGGGGUUGGGGUGGGGUCGGAUGUGUCUGUGUUGUUUCAAAUGGGUCUAAAAGGCCAUCCUGCUGAACAGUUCUGCUUUCCUAUUUAGCAUUUAUUUCUCUGACAAACUUUUUUUUUAUUUUUAAGAAAACUUGUGUUUUGAGUCUUAACUGUAUUUCAGUAUUUUCCAGCCUUAUCAACUUUAUGUUACAUUUUUCCAUGUGCACCAAUGGUACCUAACAGUUCAUUUUUAUUGUUGUUUUUUAAAACAAAUUCUCACAGUUCCAUAACGUAGGCACUUUUGUUUUCAUUGUGAUUUAUAUAUAAUGUAGGGUUAUGUUUGGGAGUGAUUGCAAGCAUUUUUCCAUCUGUAUGCAACUGACUCUGAUUAUUAAUCUCCUCUUCUACCCUUUCCCAGGUAAUUUAAAUUGAUCAUGGUAGAUUAUUUUUUUUUCAUAGAUUUGAACAAUUUUUAGGUUGUUACUAAGUUUGGAGUAUAAAUCUGGGAAGUUUUACAUUUUAGUGUGGGAUAGAAAGCUACCCUAUUACAAAUUUUUUAUUUUCCCAAAUAAUCUAUAUUAAAUGAGGGUUUUCUGAUCUAUACUUUGUGUUUAGCUACCUUUUUAUAUUUAAAAAAUUAAAAAUAAAAAUUCUGUUAUUAGCGUAAAGCUUGAUUUGAUCUUUGUUUAAAUGCCAAAACUGUACUUCAGUGAAUUAUCUAGAAUGCCAUAAAUUUGCACAGUUUCAUAUAUGUAUAGUAUAAUCAUGUUCAUGUAUAUUUAGAUACAUAUAAAUGCUUUUGAAAUGAGUUUUGCUCUUAAAUAAUUUGGCUUGCUGUUUACUCCCCUUUGUAGUUUUUAAUCUAAGAAAUUUUAAGUCUAAAUUUAAAAAUUAUCACAUCUAAAGCUUUAUCUUUGUGCAAUCUGAAUAUGUGUGAGAAACCAUGAUUGGCGUAAUUUGUCUUAGUUAAUAUUCAGGGCUUUAGAAGUCGUGAUUUCUGGGUGUGGUAAGUGAUUCUCUGCGGUCUACUGCUCUAGAAAGUAGAGAUGGCCAAAGGACCAUUUUGUUUGUAUUAUGUCCUGGUUACUAGUCUGAUUAUACCGUGUGUGCUAAUAUACUCUAUUCUUUUUGUUAUAGAUUGUCUUAAUAGUAGGUCAAGUAAUAAAAAAGGUGAAAUAAUUUAAA